AUUAAAAUGGCCUCCUACACUUUAUAGUUUCUUGUGAGUGUGUCAAAUCUGUUGGUUGUUUUUAUAUGAAAAACUGUACAAUGUAAUGAUUUUUUUUCGAUAAAACUUCAAAACACGUAGCAUUUACAAUGUUAAACCAAUUCAAUCUUAAAUCAAUUCGUUCACAAUUGGAGAGCACAUUAGAUUUAUAAAUGCACAUGACUACAGAAGCUACUUUGAUUUUCAAACCUCAUUGAGGGCCGUGCUAAUGCGGCCAAAAUCACGUUAAUCACGCUGAAACCAUUAUUUCCGAGUAUCCCUGAAUGCAGCGCAGACCCCACAUCGGCGUGACGUCGAGUGCGGAUAGAUGCCCUUACUGCCUCCGCUGCAGCUUCGCUCAUUUAACAUUUUCUUAUAAAACACCUUUUCUGAAGAGAAGGAAGCUUUUCUUUUAAAGCGUGGAGGCGGAAGCAGCGACACCAAGAUGCAGAAGAGCUCGGUGGUCGUGGUGGCGGAUAAAACCAGCCUGAAAAGGCCGUUUAUUUUCGCUAAUGCUGUGCAUAUGGCACUGUGCUUCUUCAUGCUGAGGAUGACCGUAAUAUGGCACAGGGACCUCAUCCAAACUGGCAAAAUGGUUCCCAGUAUCUCUGUAGCCAUGAUGUACGUCAUCGAGGCUGGCUGCCUGCUGCUCUCAGUGCUCGGUGUGUUUGGAGCCUGCAAAGGAAAGAGAUGGUGUUUAAUUCUGUAUGCAGCUGGGAUGGCAGCAGCCAGUCAAACAAUUAUCAUCAGAACAGCAUUAAGUUACCAAGACGUUUAUGAGAAACGUGUUGUUCGUGAGGAGUCCAAGCUGCUGUCCAUGAUGCCGCUCAGCGGACCCAUCAAAGCCAACCGGACGUUACUGCAUAACAUUCAAGAGGAAUUUGAAUGCUGUGGUCUCAUCGAAGGCUACAAGGACUGGGGCGCUUCCAUCCCCGCCUCCUGUAACUGUCACUAUCCAGGAAAAUGCAUUCGACUAAGAGGCAGUGCUACAAUCGGAGCUCCAAAGAACCAGUAUGUUUAUCGAGAGCCUUGCCUUCCGAUUUAUGUUUCCGAGCUGAAGCUGGCAUUCUCCUUGGUGAUGGCCAUACAGUUUGGAAGUGGGAUAUUUUGGAUUAUAUUACUCUUCAUGAGCAUCAAGCUGAUGGGGCAGAUCAAAAAGAAGCAGGAAUUUAUCGCUUUUCUCCAGUCAAACAGAUACGUGCCUGGUGCUUUCUAGUGCUGCUCAACAGUAUGUUUUAAUACACACUUGAAACUACCACCAGUGGUUUGAAUUUGCACAUAAUGCUGUUACCAUAACCUGGCUAUUUUGUGCUGUAGCAAUAUAUCUUAUGAUUUUACACAUGUUACUGCAUGUAACUGAUAUUUAAAAGUAAUCUACAUGCAUAGAUUAAUAUCAUAUUACUCCUUUAACGCCUUACUGCUGUAAAAAAGCUAUUUAAUCAAAUUUAUUCUUUUUUAAACAACCACUUUAAAAAUUUUUUUUUCAUAUUUUGAACUUGUUCUCUCAAAUGUUUUAUUGUACUUAAUAUUUUUUAAGUAUUUAUUUAUUUGUUGUUUAUUUAUUUAUUCAUUCACAGCUAUCUUAAAACAAUCUUUUUAUUUACCUUUUUGGCUUUUUUAGCUCUCAUAUUGGUGGCAAGAAAUGUCAAAUGUAUUGAGUAAGAUAAAAUUUUAACAGCAUGUACAUAUAAAUAAUCUAAUUAUUUUCUUUUAUUUCAACUGAACAAACAUGCAUUCUGAAUCAUUUUAAACACCAGGGGCGCUCUUUUUAACAAGGAAUAUGUUCCACUUUUAUUUGUGUUUAUGGGGCAUUGUUGUUGUUUUGGAUGGGGGGGGGGGGGUGUUUCAGUGUAAAACUAAUUUAAAAAAGACUCAUUUUGUUGUGGUAAAAAUCUUCCUGAAUAGCCUAUGUUUAGAGAAAUAGAGUUAACAUUUAGCGGAUUUGCUGAGCUAACUGCUAAUCUGAACUUAAUCAUGACCCGUGGGGAUUAAAUACAUCAGUAACGUGUUUUAGUUUAAGAUGGUUUGGACUAGCUGUUAGCUCAUCAAUCAUAAACAUGUUAUUUCAUCAAACUGAGGCUGUUCAGGGAGCUAUGUACAAAGUAAGGCCCAGUGGACCUUUUUAUGUUUAUGUUUAUUUAUUUGGCAGACGCUUUUAUCCACAACGACUUACAAUUUACAACCUACAGGGCAUGUUGUGAUCUGUGGGGGAAACCGGAGUACCCGGAGGAAACCCACACAUGCAUGGGGAGAACACGCAACUCCACGCAGAAAGGCCACAGCCGAGCAGAGUUUUGAACCUGCAACCUUCGUGCAACGAGGCAACAGUGCUAACAACUGUGCCACCAUGCAGCCCGGGUUCCUGGGUUUUUAACAGUAAAUUCGUCAUUGUGGUGUAAAAAGUUUUUUUGCUCAUGCUCUGAAGCAGUUCCAUUUCAAUUUGUUUCCAACAUCUGUGGAUGCAGGACGACAUUGUCUAAGGGCGAUCAUGCGUGAGGAGUGGCCCUUGUUUACUAGAGGGAAAGUACUCACGUCUUCACGGUUAAGAAUUACGUGCUGGGGUUAAGUGUUAGCCAUGUUCACUCAGAUGCGGUACCAAGUCUAUUCUCCUGGAACAACUUCAACCCAGGAGUCGACAUGUUAGGUAACACAAACGCCAGUUUUUGCAGCACAGGAAUUGGAGAGCCAGGAUCUAGAGGAGGCAAAGUAGAUGACAAGGCUGGACCGUGAUGAUGCUAUGUUAGCCGUGGUUAGCCCAGGUAGGUAAGUUGUGCUAAGCAAACUGCUAAAAUGUAAGUGACUGGUGCUAAACUCAUAGUUAGCUAAGAGCUGCCACCCAUGCAAAAUAAAAUUAGAGCAAUGCCAAAUGAUCAGUUUAUUGUUCUAACAUUAUAAUGUUUAUGUUCGUGGACAGAUAUUUAUCAGUUGUACAACUCUGCGUUGACUCAAGCUGGGUUUGGUGAACGUGAACCCAUCCAGUAUGGCGGCGACGUUGUUACGCUCUCCAAUGCCCAGUGGCACGUCUACGGAUUCUUGUCUGUGAGGAUGCCGGUAACAAAUGUUGCUCUUAAAAUUAUAUUAAAACAAGUUAUUAGGUUGAUGGCAUUUCACGUCAGACAACACACCAGCACUGUUAUCAGUUAAUAAUGUUUUUCAACAUUCAUGUAAUUCAUCUUUCCAACAGAGAAGCGCUUGAUUUUAUUCAUAUUUACUCAAAAAUUAAAUGUACAAUAUUUCGGUACUUCAACUUGAAAAUAAAUCUUUUUGGAAAGGACAGUUUAGCCAUUUUUGCACCUUCUUCCUAAAAUUCCCACACUUCAGCAAAAGGGGCGGGUCCAAGCUUCACACUUGCGAAUCAGGACACCCUACGUACUCGCACCACUGGACUGGAACAUGAAAUUGAGGCACAAGUGUGGAAGUGUUCUUAUUAAUAUUGGGACUGGGCCUAAGACAUUAAUUUGUUACUUUAACACAAAAGCACUUCAAUUGGUCCCCCAAAGUGUUUGUUCUGAGUGGGUUGGUUUUGUUUCCACUUAAAAAUGAAGUCAACUUGUUGAUGGAUUGAUGCCAUAUUUGAUUUUAUGAAACAUAUUUGUUUGCUGCAUUGAGAUCGAAUGUGAUAAAACAGGUCAUACGUGACGAAGACUAGAUCAUACUAACAUGAAAUGCCUGUUUAGUAGCCUAUGUAUGUUUAAUUCCUGUUUUUAUAGAUAAAAUCUGCAUAAAGCAUAGUUUUAUUUCCCUUAAAUGUAUCUUUUCAUUUCUGGUUUUGAUUUAUAUACAUUCUUUCAAAUAUUUGUCUUUAUUUUGUUAAAUUUAGACACUUUUGUGAAUAUUCACUUAUAAAAAAAAAGAACUACCACUGCUUUUUGCUGUGUUGUUUUCCCACAUGGAACCAAAGUCUACUAAAUCAUUUUUGGUCAAAACUGUUCCCUACAGUUGUCAGUGAAGAAUCUAUGAUACCAAAAACAUUUUAAUUUGCAGGUAAACGUACUUUACAUGGAAAGUGUACAUGCAUUGUUGAAGCAUCUCCAAAAGGAAAACCUAAAACAGUUCAACCGUCUUGCAUUAAAUGUUUUAUCUAGUGCACACACCAUGUAUUUGUAAACAAAACAACAACUAGUCAUGUUUAUGGAUCACCCUGUUCAAUCUGCUUUUAUUGAACUUUAAUCCUUGAUUAAGUGAUGCAUUUUCUUGCAUAUAUAAUCAGGUUAGACAAAGGAAUGAAUCAUGUCUCAUUGUGACACUAGAAUGUCUCGACUCCUCGUUAUGCACUCUGUAAAUAUCCGAAAUGCAUUUGAGGCUCUUUUGCAAAAAGCACAGCGAACGAGUGAAUUUACCUGCUAUUAACUCCUCCUAAAGACGGGAAGGAGGUUCUUUUUUAUUUUUGGUUGCAUGCUGUCACGUUUAUUUUAUGUGUAAGGGAAAUGGCAUUGCAGAGAUCCUCGGUAGGAAAACAAAGUCAUUGAUUUUCUUGCAGAGACUGUAACGCUCCAGCUGAUCUUACUGAAGAAGACUUUUGCUUCACCACUUCUGAUGACUCGCUACAAGAGCUGUCUGCAGUAAAGAAUUUCAUCUGAAACAGCAGAUUCUGUCUUCCUGUGCACUUAAGCCAUAAAUGCCUGAUAAACAGUUUGUUCUUUGGUGAUUGUGUCAUUUUUUUGUCAUACAUGUGUAAUUCUUUUUAUUUUGUGAUGAGUCAGAUGUAAUAUUUUGUAAAUAGAAUAAAUUAAACACUUUGAUUCUUG